AUGGAAACAUCUUGCAACCUUGUCAUAUCGAGUCUAUUCUAUAUAUUGCUUAGCUUUCUCAUUAUAUCAAUAUCAACGGAAUCGAACUUGCAGAUUACUAAUUGUCCAAACUUGCAGCUUACACCAAAUAAUACCAAAUGUACAAACUUUACCUAUACAGAGAGUACACAAAAUACUACAUCCCCCCAAUCACAACCUUAUGCAAUUGACAUUCAAUUUUAUGAUGACGGAACAAGUCUUAUCCAUCUUGUUAGAAAUAAUAAUACUGAGCAUUGUUUUGAACCCAUACUACGUAUAAGAAUUAUCCAUUUAAAUGGAUCCGUCACUGAAAUUAAUACGAAUUUAAAUCUUGAUUCUGUAAAUUAUUGUUUAUUUAACGAUACUGGCAAAAUGGUGAAUCCUAUUUCAAUACGACCCUUAAAAAAGCCAUUUAUAUUAGUUAGUUAUAUGAAUACUACAAAUUCUGAAUAUUGGGAAGAGUGGGGAGCUGUUCUUAAUUGGGACGGUGAAAUACUAAGUUCAAUAUCCAUUACCAGUUCAAUACCUUUGGAAUCUCCGAAGAAAAGUUUAAUUGAAAUAAACAUAAACAAGGAACUAGGUUUUCUUAGAGCAGUAGUUUUCGUCGAUUUCAUCAAUGCCACGCAAUAUUCAGUUGAUGCUAAUGGAAAUUUAUCACUGUUAAGUGCUGGCAUACUUUUAAGUUACAAUACUACUAUUUUUACGUCAUUGACAACCGCUGAUGAGGGUUAUUUGAUAUUGUAUGUCACAUAUAAGAAUCAAGACGAUUUUCUGAGUCCACUUGGCGGAUUGUACGCCAGCUUUGUAGCCUACAACAAAACUUUCAGCAAUCCUUCCGACAAUCCUAUUCUUCUCUUUCAAAUAACUAGACCUCACAUGAAAAUUAAUGCAGUUCAUUGUGAUGCACAUUUUGGAUUUUGUUACUACUGUGUCGCUUCCAUCAUCUACAACAACACAGUGUACUAUGAAGAAAUUAUAUUUUGUCAAGAAACAUCUAUAAUUUUCAAUCAAUUACACCGAAUUCCCAACGAAACUAAUGUGCCCUGGAGUGUGUCUUCAACACCUGUUGGCGGAUACAUAUUUUCCGCUGUGGUUGAUACCACUUGCUUUAUUUAUAUUUAUGAUAUUGAUCAUUAUCUCAAUUAUGCAAAAGUUAAUUUGACAUAUUUUAAUACAACUAGUAUUGGCGCAUAUAGCAUCUUGAAAAAUAAUAAUACCCUUUUAUUCUCUCUACGAGAUACCAAUAGUAAAAAUACAACUUGGUCUUUACUUGCUGUUCAAUUGCCUAAAACAUCAU